CCCAGUGAGCUGUUUGGAGCAUCCUCGAAGAGCAUGCGCGCUGUAUUCCUGUCUCUAUCCGGUUAAACAGCUGGGUCUCUGCACGGAGAGAGACAAACGUGAUUCUGCUCUGCUGUGUGUGUGACAGAGGCGACAUGGCUAGGAUAAAAAAUAUUGGGAUGAUUGCUUUUCUAAUGCCUUCGCUUUAGAAGGCAUUACAUAAGAAAAUAAAAAGGAUGAGAUGAGGCCUACGAAGACGAGACAUCCACAUCGCCACAUGAAAAGAUGAGCGCCAAUUCGACUCAAACACGCAAGGACUGAACACUCGGGAUUGCCAUUUAUGAAGGAGAUGCAGAAUUUCAUUAACAUAUGGAGCUUUUGUUAACGAUUUGUUUUUUGUUGGUUUGUUUUAGCCUAGACUACCAUCGAAAAACUGGCGUUAUGUUUCAUCUCUGGGGAUAAGACGAGAAAGCUGAGCCUUGACCUCAUUCAGACUGCCUUCCAUUGGCUCUGGAGGAGGUGGGCUGAAUCAUCCUGACUCGAGAGGUUCUGUCUAUGCAUUACUGUCGAGAUACGUACAUCAACAAGCUAUGGAGUGGAACCUCUUGCUCAAACGGCUCAAGGUCGAGGUACAUCUAAGGACAUUUGACCAGUAGGGUCUACCAACUCGUGAUUCCUGUUCUUCUCAUUCUGAGAAUUAUUGUAGAUCACAAGAAUCGUUUUGCUGAGAUGAGUAGACAAGGGGGUAUGUUACUGGGAUAGAAUGCUCUGUAUAUGUUUGGAGCCAGCGGCAGGCUGAGAUAAAGAGGGGAUCGAUGGCCAAGCCCCUCUACAGACUGCAGCGUUUCCUCCGGAGGGCCCAGCUGUUCCUGCUCUUCCUGGGUGUGGCCUACAUCAUGGCCGGGAGCGUCCUGCUGCUCCAACGGGCCAGCCUGGUGGUGACCCAACGAGGGGCCACCAGCCCUCCACUGCCCUCCCUGCCCUCCAUACCAUCACCACCCCGGGCCCUGGAGCUAGGGAUGCCACCCGUGAGGGUAGGAGGUUACGGGAGCAGGAGCUCACGGAUCAUGGCCAGGGGGCAGGGGUACCAGCCUGGGAGCCUGUUGGACAACAGGACUGGAGCACGCUGGCUCAUGUCGAGGAAUCUGGAGAUCCGACACCUGCGGCGGCGCUGGUUCCACAGCCUGAUGACGGAGAAGGAUAUGUCACAGGUGGAGAGGAGCACCCCCAGGAGGAAGGUGCCUCACAAAGGUUCUUACAUAGGCUGCUUUCUGGAUAAUUCCAAGGAGCGGGCUUUAAGGGGGUUUGUAUUUACGGAUUUCCGCAAAAUGACCAGCACCAUGUGCCAGGAUACCUGCUCAGCGAGUGGCUACCAGUUUGCUGGUCUGGAGUAUGGGUCGGAGUGUUACUGUGGCAACCACAUCACCAGCCUGCGUGUGAGAGACAAGGAAUGUAACUUGGACUGUAAAGGGGAGAAAGGCUCAAUGUGUGGCGGUGUUGGGCGCCUGUCAGUGUUCACGGUGGAGGAUGUGCUUCCAGGCCAGAGGAGAUACAGGAACGUGCGUUACCGCGGCUGCUUCAGGGAGCCUGAGAACAGCUCCUCUACAUCUCUGGUCCAUGUGCUCCAGCUCAACCUCACCUCCCAGUCCUGCAUAGAGGCCUGCAUGAACAAGGAGUUUCCGCUGGCUAUGCUGAGGAGUCCGGACUGUUUCUGUGGUUACGCUACUCCUGACUUCACUCUCCAUGAGCCGGCUGAGGAGGAGCACUGUUCACAGAGCAACACCACUGAGGCCUCCUUACCAUCAACCCUCCAGGGCUUCUACCAGGUCUACCAGACACCUGUCCAAGACUCCAGAUGCACAGAGAAGAAGUUCCUACCAGAGAAGUCCAGUUCAUUGGUAGCGCUCUCCAGCUUCCCAGGAGCAGGCAACACCUGGGUCAGACACCUCAUAGAGUUGGCCACAGGAUACUACACAGGCAGCUACUACUUCGAUGGAACCCUUUACAACAGAGGCUUCAAAGGCGAGAAGGAUUACUGGAAGAGUGGUCGGACCAUUUGUGUGAAAACACAUGAGAGUGGGAGGAGAGAGAUAGAGAUGUAUGACUCUGUCAUCCUGCUGAUCAGGAGCCCAUACCGUUCCCUCAUGGCUGAGUUCAACAGGAAGUGUGCAGGACAUCUGGGAUACGCCUCUGAUCAGCACUGGAAGACCAAAGAGUGGCCUGAGUUUGUGAGCAGCUACGCCUCCUGGUGGGCAUCCCACGUACUGGACUGGCUGCGGUUCGGCCAACGGGUCCUAGUGGUCCACUUCGAGGAACUCCAGACAGCGCUGGUGCCCCGGCUACGAUCCAUCGCCUCCUUCCUCAACACCACAGUGACCGAGGACAGACUGCUGUGUGCCGAGAGCAACCAGGAUGGACACUUUAAACGCUCCGGGGCCCGACAGCCCACCUUCGACCCCUUCACACCCGACAUGAGAGGACUGAUAGACGGGCUGAUCCGUGCUGUGGACCAGGCUCUCCGGGACAGAAACCACACAGGCCUUCCACUGGAGUAUCUGCCCAGAUGAUGGACCGCUAAACUCUGAUAACCCUGAUCUCUACCUUGUCCCUCCUCAGUUUUCACUGCCUUAAAGCUGUGGUGGCACGGAUGGAUGGAUACCCCCAAUCCAACUCAAGAGAAAGCGUUUCAAAUCAGGAAUGUGCCCUGCAAAGGAAACAUAGAGGCUAUUCUCACAAAGCACUUUUUAUGCUUUAGAAGCGCUGGUUUAUUAAAGUGCUGUUUUUCUGUUUUAGAUGUGUUUUGGUUUUUGGGACAUUGCCUUAUUGGAGGUGAACUGAUAAGUGUACCAAACAAUGGAAACAGUUUCCUCUGUUUUAAAUCAACUCUAAAUAAACUGUACCUCCUAUAAAAACUAUAGGCUACAUCCUGUGGUACAAUCCACUUUUGAGUUUUGUUUUUGUGAUCAAAAUAUAAAAACUCAAUAUAUUGGAUUAUAACAUAAUAAAGUGACAUUUCAAAUAUCUAAUGCAGGCAACGUCUUCAGAAAAGGGAUACUGUUGUUAUAUGAGUUAACAUUGGAGUGUUUAUAAGGUGGUGUUUUAGGGAUAUACAGAAUUAAUGGGUUCCUAUGGUAAUACUGACAAAAUAUAAUUAGACCAUCAAAUUACUGAAGUAGCCAAAAUAUACCUCUAUCCCAAAAAUAUCUUUGGGGAUCAACUACACUACAGCCAAGGGAAGUGGAACAAAUCUGUCAGGUAUUUUUAGUGCUACAUCCCCAGAGAGCAGUGGUGGAAAAAGUACCCGAUUGUCAUACUUGAGUAAAAGUAAAGGUACAUUAAAGGGAAUUGACUCAAGUGAAAGUCACCCAGUAAAACACUACUUGAGUAAAAGUCUAAAAGUAUUUGGUUUUAAAUAUACUUAAGUAUCAAAAAUGAUUUCAAAUUCCUUAUAUUAAGCAACCCAGAUGGCAUGAUUUUCUUGUUUUUUACAUUUACGGAUAGCCAGCGACAUACUUCAACAAUCAGACAUAAUUUACAAACGAAGCAUUUGUGUUUAUUGAGUCUGCCAGAUCAGAGGCAAUAGGGAUGACCAGGGAUAUUCUCUUGAUAAGUGCGUGAAGUAGACCAUUUUCCCCAUUUCAAAAAUAUAUCGAGUACUUUUGGGUGUCAGGGAAAAUGUAUGGAGUAAAAAGUACAUUAUUUUCUUCAGGAAUGUAGUGGAGUAAAAGUUGUCAAAAAUAUAAAUAGUAAAGUACAGAUACCCCAAAAAACUGCUUAAGUAGUACUUUAAAGUAUUUUUACUUAAGUACUUUACACCACUGCCAGAGAGGAGAGGGAUAGUGUGUAGGCCCAUGACAGAAUGAUCUGUCCCAGGUCAAGAGAGCAGCGCUGGACCAGGCCAGACAGACAGUCCCAGCCUGCAGGUUUAGCCCAGGGAAGAGGGGCAAGUCACUAGUCCUCUACUAAUUUGUACUGAGCCGAUAAGAGCAGCAGCACUGGUUGUGUGGGCGAUGCACUUUGGACCAAAGUGUCUGGAUUUACAAUUGUAUGAUAUAGUACUCUCUCUUUCUCUCUCUGCCUCGUUCUCUCUCUGUCUCGGUCUCUAUCUCUCCCUCCCUGUCUGCAGCAUCGAAUACACUCAUGGAAAAUAUUUGAUAAAUGUUUUUGGGAAAACAGCUGUGAUAUAUCAAAAUACCAAACUACAUCUUGUAUUCCUAUUAGGCCUUAUUACACAAAUACACAUAAAGCGUGUAUAUCCUGAAAAUAAAAAGGUAUAUUUGAGCAGAGACCAUGGGUAUGCAAUGUUGACGUGGGAUUCUGGGAAAUGGGGAAUACAUGCUGAGCUCAUUCUUCUAUUGGUGGCUGAAGUAGAGUUGUUAUUAAUAUCCAGUGCCACUUGGUGAAAGUGAAUGCUACAAUACAGAUUGGAGGUUGGUAUUGGUAUGUGCCAGUCUAUUGUUUUUCCAGUCUAAUGUACACUUGGUGUCAUCAUGUGGACAUUAAGUCACAUUUUGGGAUUAUGGGUAAAGGUAUAGUUCCCUCAAUAUAUACUAUUUUCAAUUUACUUUGGCUGUAGUCGAUUCACCAUCGCCAUACCACUACUGCAACUAUGGAAGAAUAAACAUUCAAUCAAGAGGUUACUAAAA